GGCAUCCCCCGCAACGCCGAGCGCCUUGACCUGGACAGAAAUAAUAUCACCAGGAUCACCAAGAUGGACUUCGCUGGACUCAAGAACCUUCGAGUCUUGCAUCUGGAAGACAACCAGGUCAGCAUCAUCGAGAGAGGCGCCUUCCAGGAUCUGAAGCAGCUGGAGCGAUUACGUCUGAACAAGAAUAAACUCCAAGUCCUUCCAGAAUUGCUUUUCCAGAGCACACCGAAGCUCACCAGACUAGAUCUGAGCGAGAACCAGAUCCUGGGCAUCCCGAGGAAGGCGUUCCGCGGCAUCGCCGACGUGAAGAACCUGCAACUGGACAACAACCACAUCAGCUGCAUUGAAGAUGGAGCCUUCCGAGCGCUGCGCGAUUUGGAGAUCCUCACCCUCAACAACAACAACAUCAGCCGCAUCCUGGUCACCAGCUUCAACCACAUGCCGAAGAUCCGAACCCUGCGCCUCCACUCCAACCACUUGCACUGCGACUGCCACCUGGCCUGGCUCUCGGAUUGGCUGCGGCAGCGGCGGACGGUUGGCCAGUUCACACUCUGCAUGGCACCCGUGCACCUGAGGGGCUUCAAUGUGGCAGACGUGCAGAAGAAGGAGUACGUGUGCCCAGGCCCCCACUCGGAGCCGCCAUCCUGCAAUGCCAACUCCAUCUCCUGCCCUUCGGCCUGCACCUGCAGCAAUAACAUCGUGGACUGCCGGGGGAAGGGCUUGACGGAGAUCCCCGCCAACCUGCCAGAGGGCAUCGUCGAAAUACGCCUGGAGCAGAACUCCAUCAAGUCCAUCCCUGCCGGAGCCUUCACCCCGUACAAGAAGCUGAAGCGAAUAGACAUCAGCAAGAACCAGAUAUCGGACAUCGCUCCCGAUGCCUUCCAGGGUCUGAAAUCGCUCACUUCGCUGGUGCUGUACGGGAACAAGAUCACCGAGAUUGCCAAGGGGCUGUUUGACGGGCUGGUGUCCCUGCAGCUGCUCCUCCUUAAUGCUAACAAGAUCAACUGCCUGCGGGUGAACACGUUCCAGGACCUGCAGAACCUCAACCUGCUCUCCCUCUAUGACAACAAGCUGCAGACCAUCAGCAAGGGGCUCUUCGCCCCUCUGCAGGCCAUCCAGACGCUCCACUUAGCCCAAAACCCGUUUGUGUGCGACUGCCAUCUGAAGUGGCUGGCGGACUACCUGCAGGACAACCCCAUCGAGACCAGCGGGGCGCGCUGCAGCAGCCCCCGGCGCCUGGCCAACAAGCGCAUCAGCCAGGUCAAGAGCAAGAAGUUCCGCUGCUCAGGCUCAGAGGAUUACCGCAGCCGGUUCAGCAGCGAGUGCUUCAUGGACCUCGUGUGCCCCGAGAAGUGUCGCUGCGAGGGCACCGUUGUGGACUGCUCCAACCAGAAGCUGGCCCGCAUCCCCAGCCACCUCCCUGAAUACGCCACCGAUCUGCGACUGAACGACAACGAGAUAUCUGUCCUGGAGGCCACCGGUAUCUUCAAGAAGUUGCCCAACCUGCGGAAGAUAAACCUCAGUAACAACAAGAUCAAGGAGGUGCGAGAGGGCGCCUUUGACGGAGCAGCGGGCGUGCAGGAGCUGAUGCUGACAGGGAACCAGCUGGAGAUGGUGCACGGGCGCAUGUUCCGUGGCCUCAGUGGCCUCAAGACCUUGAUGCUGAGGAGCAACCUGAUCAGCUGUGUGAGCAAUGACACCUUCGCUGGGCUGAGCUCAGUGAGACUGCUGUCCCUCUAUGACAAUCGCAUCAGCACCAUCACCCCCGGAGCCUUCACCACGCUGGUCUCCCUGUCCACCAUAAACCUCCUGUCCAACCCCUUCAACUGCAACUGCCACCUGGCCUGGCUCGGCAAGUGGCUGAGGAAGAGGCGGGUCGUCAGUGGGAACCCCCGGUGCCAGAAGCCAUUCUUCCUCAAGGAGAUUCCCAUCCAGGACGUGGCCAUCCAGGACUUCACCUGCGAAGGCAACGACGAGAGCAGCUGCCACCUGGGCCCUCGCUGCCCCGAGCAGUGCACCUGCGUGGAGACAGUGGUGCGGUGCAGCAACAGGGGGCUCCAUGCCCUCCCCAAAGGCAUCCCCAAGGACGUGACUGAGCUGUACCUGGAAGGAAACCACCUCACGGCCGUGCCCAGGGAGCUGUCCGCCCUCCGACACCUGACACUUAUUGACCUGAGCAACAACAGCAUUGGCGUGCUGACCAACUACACCUUCAGUAACAUGUCGCACCUCUCCACCCUGAUCCUGAGCUACAACCGGCUGCGCUGCAUCCCGGUCCACGCCUUCCACGGGCUGCGGUCCCUGCGCGUGCUAACCCUGCACGGCAACGACAUCUCCAGCGUCCCCGAAGGCUCCUUCAACGACCUGCUGUCCCUGUCCCAUCUGGCGCUGGGCACCAACCCGCUGCACUGUGACUGCAGCCUGCGCUGGCUGUCGGAGUGGGUGAAGGCGGGGUACAAGGAGCCCGGCAUCGCCCGCUGCAGUAGCCCCGAGCCCAUGGCCGACAGACUCCUGCUCACCACCCCCACCCACCGAUUCCAGUGCAAAGGGCCAGUGGACAUCAGCAUUGUGGCCAAGUGCAACGCCUGCCUCUCCAGCCCGUGCAGGAACAACGGGACGUGCAGCCAGGACCCCGUGGAGCUGUACCGCUGCGCCUGCCCCUACGGCUACAAGGGCAAAGACUGCGCCACGCCCAUCAACACCUGCGUCCAGAACCCCUGCCAGCAUGGCGGCACCUGCCACCUGAGCGAGAGCCACAAGGACGGCUUCAGUUGCUCCUGCCCGCUGGGCUUUGAGGGGCAGCGAUGUGAGAUCAACCCAGACGAUUGUGAGGACAAUGACUGUGAGAACAACGCCACCUGUGUGGAUGGGAUCAACAACUACGUGUGUGUCUGCCCGCCUAACUACACAGGUGAGCUGUGCGACGAGGUGAUGGACCACUGUGUGCCGGGGCUGAACCUCUGCCAGCACGAGGCCAAGUGCAUCUCGCUGGACAAAGGAUUCAGGUGCGAGUGUCUCCCCGGCUACAGCGGGAAGCUCUGCGAGGUGGACAACGAUGACUGCGCGGCCCACAGGUGCCGCCAUGGGGCCCAGUGCGUGGACGCGGUCAAUGGCUACACGUGCCUCUGCCCCCAGGGCUUCAGCGGGCUCCUCUGCGAGCACCCCCCGCCCAUGGUCCUGCUGCAGACCAGCCCCUGCGACCAGUACGAGUGCCAGAACGGGGCGCAGUGCAUCGUGGUGCAGCAGGAGCCCACCUGCCGCUGCCCCCCGGGCUUCGCCGGCCCGCGCUGCGAGAAGCUCAUCACCGUCAACUUCGUGGGCAAGGACUCUUACGUGGAACUGGCCUCCGCCAAGGUCCGGCCCCAGGCCAACAUCUCCCUGCAGGUGGCCACGGACAAGGACAACGGCAUCCUCCUCUACAAGGGAGACAACGACCCCCUGGCGCUGGAGCUGUACCAGGGCCACGUGCGGCUGGUCUACGACAGCCUGAGCUCCCCGCCAACCACCGUGUACAGCGUGGAGACGGUGAACGACGGGCAGUUUCACAGCGUGGAGCUGGUGAUGCUGAACCAGACCCUGAACCUGGUGGUGGACAAAGGAGCCCCCAAGAGCCUGGGAAAGCUCCAGAAGCAGCCAGCAGUGGGCAUCAACAGCCCCCUCUACCUUGGAGGUAUCCCGACCUCCACGGGCCUCUCCGCCCUGCGCCAGGGGGCGGACCGGCCGCUGGGCGGCUUCCACGGCUGCAUCCACGAGGUGCGCAUCAACAACGAGCUGCAGGACUUCCACAUGGUGGCCGCAGCCGUGUGGACACUGGAUAAUGGCCCUGGGACACCACAGAGUGUCUCCGGAAUGACUGAGCUCGGCCACGGGGCCAGUCGGAGGUGGAGUGUGGGAUGGAGACAGUCCCACGGAGCUGGGUCUGGGUCUGAGCCCGGAGGUGGAGGAAGACACCUCCCGCAGCACCCACGCCCCGGUUCCCCUCUCACCCUCUCGUCUGCCCACAGCUGCAACCACGGCAAGUGUGUGAGGACCGGGCCCUCCUACGUGUGCAAGUGUGCCGAGGGCUACGGAGGGGCCUUGUGUGACCACAAAAACGACUCCGCCAGCGCCUGCUCAGCCUUCAAAUGCCACCACGGGCAGUGCCACGUCUCAGACCGAGGGGAGCCCUACUGCCUGUGCCAGCCUGGCUUCGGAGGGGAGCACUGCGAACAAGAAAACCCGUGCCUGGGGGAGGUCGUCCGAGAGGUGAUCCGCCGCCAGAAGGGUUACGCGUCGUGUGCCACAGCCUCCAAGGUGCCCGUGGUGGAGUGCCGCGGGGGCUGCGGGCCCCAGUGCUGCCUGCCCACCCGCAGCAAGCGGCGGAAAUACGUCUUCCAGUGCACGGACGGCUCCUCCUUCGUGGAGGAGGUGGAGAGACACUUAGAGUGCGGCUGCCGGCCCUGCGGCCUCCGUCCGCCCCUCCGGCUCGGCGGCCCCGGCACAGCCACGGGGGACCUGGAGAGGAAAGAAGAAGAGAAUAUUAAGUAUAUUGUAAAAUAAACAAAAAAUAGAACUUAUUUUUAUUAUGGAAAGUGACUAUUUUCAUCUUUUAUUAUAUAAAUAUAUCACACCGUCCGCGUAUAUGUACCAUAUAGUGAGCUAUUGUUACUGAGUUGUCUUGUGUUGUGGAUUUGUCGUGUUUUUAUAAACAGCUGUUAAAAGUUUUAAGAGAAAAGACUAAUAAAAAUGUUUUAAAAUGGAAGGAUAAGAAUAAAGAAGUGAAAGCCUGUGUGAGGAAGAAGGAACUUUUUAUGUCGAUGAAACAGGAGGGUGUCAGCAGAAACUGAGCUCAGGAAUGAGGGGAGACGGGGGAGGAGACGUGACUCCUUCUCUACAGUGUUCAGUCCUGGCUGUUAAGGUCCCAGAUGCCCAGUUCUUCCAGGCAAAGCCCUGGGGCACGGGCCUCCUCUGUGACCCCCAUCCCCCUGCAGACCCCGCUCCUCCUGCCUGAGUGGCCCUGGAUUCCACUGCAAAACUAUCUGAACUCGGGCUCUUUUGCCAAAAUUUAAAACAGCUGCUCUUUCCCUUCCCUUCCCUCCUCAGGAACUGAGUCCCGUGGCCUCUCCUCCCUCCAGUUUGGGCUGUGACCCCAGGAGGGCGGGAAGCCAGGGCCGGAGCCAAGCCUGCCCACAGCCCUGGCCGGAGUCUGAUGCUGGGAAGUCUUGGAGGCUCUUGCUCUGGGGCACAGGCCUUAACCGGGCCAUCCAGGCACCGACAUAGUGACAGAGAACCCUUGCACGUCUGGUUUCCCGUGCACAUCAGCGCUGCCACCGCGCCCCACGUUACCCACGGAACUCCUGCCCCCCCCACCCCCCACCGGGAAGGGCAGAGCAGCAGAGCCCACAUCCCGAUGAGGAGAGGCCUCCCCGCCUCUGGGACCUGCCGCAGGCUUCCCAUCUGCUGUGCAAGAGCAGCCGGAGGCAGACUCCACGCUCCGGUUCCUCCCCAAACGGCACAGACACGGAGAUGCGGGCCCUGUAAGCCCAGCCAGCAGCCCGGCCAGAGAAGGACAGAGCUUUCCUGCUGUUCCUCCUGCUCGCGUCGGCCUCGCUCGCUCCUUGUUCUGCUUCCCGAGGACCCAGAGUCUAAACAGAGCGUCCUCCGUGUCGGGAAUGUGAGCAAAAGCGGCCUUUGGGCCCUGCCUCUCCUCCACCUCAGCUGCCCCUGCCACCCUCAGGCUGGGCCCCUCGCACCAACUGCCCACCUCCCGUCACCCAGCCCUCCGUCCCCGUCCCUGGGAGCCUCCCCUGUGGGGGUUGGGGAGAGUGUGGACCCCUGCUCUGAGGGCCCACGGAUGAGCCUAGGGGGUCUGAGAGGACCGAUGGUGGACCGAAGGCUCAGAGCGUCCAGAAGGGAGGAAGGAGCGGAGGGAAGAUGGAGGAGCACAGGCAGGUGGCACCAAGCCCACUCAGCCUGCCGGGCCCCUGCCCUCCGGAAGGACUCUCGGGGGCUGUGGCCUCCCUCUUCCUCCCCAGGAGUCCAGGCCUCUCUCUGCCCGUCACUCCUGGGUCCAAACCCGCGUCCAGCCCCCAAUCACCCCGCCAGCCAGAAGGACCAGGUUCUUUCUCUCAGGGGGGCUGGUGGGGGAGGGGAGGGAUUUUGAGCCUUCCUCUCAAUUUCGGAAGCCCUGACUUUACCAAGUGCCAAAUGCAAGGCCACUAAAAAAAUCCACCCCCAAAUGAAGCUUUUCUAACAUGGGGAGAUUAAAAUUCUCCUAUUUGAGCAACCAAAUUCUCAGAACAGGGAGCCCCACAGGGCAGGAAGAGUUUGGUUGGGAAAUUUUCAAGCUUAAUGGGUCAGUGUUUGCUGGGGACACAUGUUUCGGAAGAGGGGGGACGGGCCCUGUCUGCCCCUCCGCAGGACUCAGGGAAAAGGAAGGGAGGGUCCUCCUCCUGUCUACUCUGAGGGGCUCUCACGUGACUGAUGAGAUGAUGGACUUAAACACUCUUGUAAAGUGUAAACUAAAAAACCUUGCAUGUAAGACGCUGUGGUUAUUAUUACUGUUGUUGUUGCUAUUGUUGAUGUGCCAAUAGGUCCUCUGUGAAGCCGGCUUUGCCUUUCCAGUCUCAUAGGCAGGAACUCCAGUCUGACACAUCAGAGAGAGGAGGACAAGGAGGAGAGGGGCGAGGGAAGGAGGGGAGAUCUCCCAGGGCCAGCGAAGGAGAAAAUCUUCUAGGGGAGCCCAGCACAGCCGGACAGGAAUGCUAACCCUGCCCUUCACCGCAGACAAAUCUACCACCAGAUGAACCCAGAGGCUCCGCAGUCACCGCUGCCUUUUCCAGGAGCAGAAUCCCUAGUGUCAACUGGCCUGUCCCUCAAAACUCACAGUGUCCCCGAUAGCAGAGCUGAAGGAGCCCACGGGGUCCCAGGGGGGUGGGAAAACCGAGAAUCAGAGAGCGGAGCAUCCAGAUCUGAGACCAGGGUCAUCUGGCAACUUAACGCCAGAGGCAGGAAUAGAGCAGGUGCCUCCCCAGUGGGCACCCAGGCAGAGUGAGGCCUGAGACAGCCCCGGGACAGCUGCUAGGUGUCAGGAACGCACCCCGCCCUCCCCCCAGCCAGCUCCGGGGCACGCGACGGCAGGAGGCUGGGCACUGUGGGCUGGUGCACUUGCCCACGUUUCCAUGCUGGCUUAGACGAUGCCAGGGGAGCACUGGGGAAAGCUGAUGAGAGGUGCCAGCUGGCCAGGACCAAGGAAGACAGAAAUGGGCAUUUGGCAAAGCUUAUUUCUCUAACUCAACUACAGGUUCUUAGAGGAAACGUAUUAAGAUGUUUUUAAAACAAUGUUAUAGUGCCACUUCCCCAGUAUGAAUAAAAAAAUGUGCUUUUCCCAACAGACUGUCAUAUUCUGAUGUCACUGAAAUAAACGGAUGGGUCACAGGCAAGCUCUCGGACGCUCUUGUGAUACCAUAGCUCA